GCAACCUGGGAAAGAAAGGCAGGGAGGUUUGGAGGAGAUAUGGUGGAAGAGAAAGUGAAGGCGGAGGCGAUGCAGAUGCUGGGAAUGUUCCAAGUGCUUCCUCGCUUGGUCGUCUUUGAUCUUGAUUACACUCUCUGGCCUUUCUACUGUGAAUGUCGCUCUAAACAUGACACGCCAUAUAUGUACCCUCAUGCUAAAGGGAUAUUAUAUGGACUCAAGGACAAGGGGAUUAAUCUAGCAAUUGCUUCCAAAUCUCCAACACCGGAUAUAGCAAACACUUAUAUUGACAAAUUAAGCAUCAAGUCCAUGUUUGUUGCCAAGGAGAUAUUUUAUAGUUGGACACAGAAGACAGAACACUUCGACAAAAUUCACUUAAGAACUGGGGUGCCCUUCAACUCAAUGCUGUUUUUUGAUGAUGACAAUAAGAACAUACAAGCGGUAUCUAAGAUGGGAGUGACCAGCAUAUUGGUGGAUAAUGGAGUUAAUCUUGGGGCAUUACGUCAAGGGCUAACAGGAUUUGCAGAAAAUUGGAAUGCAACUCAGAAGAACAAGCAGAAACGGAUCAAAAAAUUCUCUCCAAACUCAUAUUCAUCCGAGAAGAAAAAGCAGAAAUGAAUUUUCUUAUAUACUCACCGGUCUGCUGUUUUACAUUAUCAAUAAUAUUUUCAAAAAUUAUUGUGGAUGGUUUGAAAUCCACAUUUGAUUUAUGUAAUGAAUGAAGAUAUGUACUUACUGAAGGGAUGCCUUUUAUACUUUAGGUUAUAGAGUACGAUUCUAAAAGUUGUUUUAGGGAGGUUGUGUUGAUGUAUAAGAAAUUUCUUCGAUGCCCAAAGAAAAAUUUUAUUAUGAA